UGCCAAUUGGCGCCAGAUCUUAUGAUUCCUUGGACGCCUGGACUGGGUAGUAUUUGAGUUGGUGCAACUGACUUCCCGUGCACUUGCAUACUUUCUGCCUUCGUUCGAAGACAGCCAAACAUCAAUCUGCGGGUUGGGACGCAUCGCACAUCGUCCGCAAACAUGUCGCUGGCUGUAUCUGCUUUGUCUACUCUCGCCACCACGUUCUCUGCGUGCGUGGGUGUGACUGCACUGGCGCUCGUCGGCCUUUGCGUUUAUCGAUUGUUCUUUCAUCCCUAUGCCAAAUACCCUGGGCCGCUUCUCGCAAAGCUCACGAACUACUAUGCUGUCUACCACUCAUGGAAGGGUGACCAGCACUUGGACAUGUGGCGCUGCCACGAGAAGUAUGGCCCAUAUGUCCGUUAUGGACCCAACGAGUUAAGCAUCAACACCGCUGCUGGACUGAAAGAGAUCUACGCCCACGGCAGGAACUUCAAGAAAUCGGUGAAGUACAAUGCCAUGGUGCACCAGGCUGCAAACACCUUGACAACAAUCGACAAGAAGAAGCAUGGCAAGAAGCGCCGCUUGAUCAGCCAAGCCUUCUCCGACGCGGCCUUCAGAUCCUACGAAGAGACCAUCCAGGAAAAGAUUUCGCAGUUGUGCACAGCUCUCCGUCGCCAAGGAGAUGAUUCAGAAGAGGUCGUGGCGGAUGGGACCUGGGGCACGGCGAAGAACAUGUCUCAAUGGUGCGACUGGUUCACCUUUGAUGUGAUGUGCAGCGUGAUCUUCGGCGUACCUUGGUCGUCGUUGACAGAGAAGAAAUAUCGCCACAUCCCCCACACCAUUGAAGUGUCCAACGUGCGCGUGGGCUGCUUGAUUGAAGCUGGUGGCUCCAAGAACCUCAAGAUCGAUAAAUACCUCUUUCCCGCGGCCAUCGCGGCACGCAAUCAAUUUGUCAAAUUUGUCAACGAUAUCAUCCGGCAGGGUAUGGCCAUGUCAGCCAAGGGGUCUAUGAAGGGGGCCUUCGCCUUGCUUCGGGAUGCCACCGACCCCGAAACUCAGGAACCUCUCUCCUUCAAGGAGCUCUGCGGUGAGAGCGCAACACUAGUGGUUGCAGGGACCGACACCACCUCCACCGCGCUCGCAGCCUCGCUGUACUAUCUCACUCACCACCCCAAGGUGUACGAACGCGCCGUGCACGAGGUUCGCAGCACCUUCCAGUCUAGAGACGAGAUCCGUCUGGGCGCCAAGGUAAAUUCCUGCUCUUACCUCCGGGCAGUGAUUGAAGAGACCAUGCGCUUGUCCCCCUCGGCCCCUGGACCCCUGUGGCGCCAGGCUGACACCGGCGGCGCGACCGUGGACGGACAGUACAUUCCUCAGGGGCUGGAGGUUGGCACCUGUGUCUACAGCAUUCACCACAACCCGGAAAUCUACCCCCAACCAUUUAAGUUUGUCCCUGAGCGGUGGCUCGGUCCCGAAGAGACCCCUGAGCCGUAUCGCAGCGAGUACUCUCCUCAUGCAGGCUUCAGUCCUUUCUCCAUUGGGCCCCGUGGCUGCAUCGGAAAGCCUUUGGCGUACAUUGAGCUCACGUUGACCCUGUCGCAUAUUCUCUAUGCCUUUGAUAUGCGACUACCCCCGGUGGUCAAGGCCGAUGAGGAGAGCGAGUACCGGCUUUCCCUGCAUAUCACCGCCGCCAAGGAGGGUCCCUGGGUUGAGUUCCGGCCACGUGCGGUGGUUUAAACUGGUGUCGAGGGUCUGAUUGUAGUAGUUGGUAAAUAGUGAAUCGGUGGAGUGUUAGAUAUCACGGUUUUUUUGUUUCUAGGGAUAAGGAUGUUCAUAUUUGGGGGCUUGUGUUGGAACUGAUCAGAUACAAGAAUGCACAUAAUCUCGAAGCGCAUACAUCAAAUUGUAAUUAAUGCGAAGCUUACUGUGUGUCACCUGAGCAACUUGAUGGAAUGACUCACCUGUAUGGCUUGUGCUGCUGUUUGAUUCACGCCUUUCUAUCGGGU